GUUUGAAUUCAUCACCUCUCUAUCUGCUUUAUAAAUUUGGAACUCCAACUCUUUCUUAUUCCAUGUAAACUUUUAUCUCUCUCUGACUGAAUCAUCCUCCUUUAGAUUUCGAGCUUCAACAAUGGAGUUCAUACUCCUGCGUGUCCUAGCUUCUCUCACGGUGAUUCUGGCGACUUCCCAUGCGGCUUUAACUCCCGAACUAUACUGGAAGUCAAAGUUACCCAACACGCAAAUGCCAAAAUCCAUCAAGGACAUGCUACAACAACAGUCAGACUUCAUGGAAGACAAGAGCACCUCAGUUGGCGUAGGCACAGGUGGAGUGAACGUUGAUGCCGGCAAGGGAAAGCCUGGCGGAACCAAAGUUGGCGUCGGGAAUGGUGGAGUCGGAGUCGACACGGGGAAGCCCGGAAAGGGGACCAGUGUCGGAGUUGGCAAAGGAGGAGUCGCCGUGCACACAGGACCCAAGGGCAAGCCCGUUUAUGUCGGGGUCAAGCCCGGACCCAGUCCGUUCAACUACAUCUACGCCGCAACCGAGACCCAACUUCGUGAUGAUCGAAACGUGGCCCUUUUCUUCAUGGAAAAAGACCUAAAACCCGGAACGACACUGUCUUUGCACUUCACCAAGACUUCGAACUCGGCCACUUUCUUGCCCCGCGAAGAAGCAAAAACCCUACCAUUUUCAUCUGACAAGAUAUCUGAUAUCCUGGACCACUUUUCCGUGGCGCCCGGAUCAGUGGAAGCCGAAAUGAUGAAGGACACUAUUAAGGAGUGUGAAGAACCAGGCAUUAAGGGAGAGGAAAAAUACUGCACAACCUCAUUGGAGUCCAUGAUUGACUACACCAGGACCAGGCUUGGAAACAAUCUGAAGGCUGUCUCUACAGAGGUGAAAAAAGAGACCCAGUUGGAGAAAUUCACCAUCAAAGAAGGAGUAAGAAGAAUUGCAGCAGAUAAAUCAGUGGUGUGCCACAAGCAAAACUAUGCAUAUGCUGUCUUCUACUGCCACAAGACUCAAGACACUCGGUUCUACAUGGUCCCGAUGAAGGGCGCCGACGGGACAGAAGCGAAGGCCAUCGCCGCUUGCCACACCGACACGUCAGCAUGGAACCCGAAACACUUGGCCUUCCAAGUGCUCAAGGUUAAGCCAGGGACUGUGCCUGUUUGCCAUUUCCUUCCUGAGGACCACAUUGUGUGGUUUCACAACUAGGGACUCCACUGUCAGUGAGAACUUGUGGUCGCUCUCCUGGUUUGUAUUAUGGUUGGAGGGUGCACAAGUCAUAAGUACGUCUGGAGACACUUCAGCUCAUCAUAUGAGCAAUACAUGUACUUCUUGUUAUGCAUACUAAUAAGUACAUGCAGUUUGUGGCUUGCGACAAACAUCUAUGGAUUAGCUUUAUGAAAUA